AUGGCCAAUAACUAUAUGACACACAAAAUCAAUGGCCAUGUACUCCAAGUCCCAACCCCAGGCGUGGACUAUGGGCUCAAGAACGAUGAUGGCUUCGAUCCUUCCAAAUAUGAUUUUUACAAUCCUUCCAAUCGCAGCGCUGCCACGGCGUUUUUGGUACGCCUAGACGAACAACAUUCGACAUCUGAGGCUACACCUUUCGGUGCUCCACACGUCUCUUCAGAACCCUGCGAGACGGACAGCCCACCCCCAUUAUCACCUAUAGCGGAAUUGGAUGACGACCUCAAUACUGUCAGGCCGUGGCGCAGCUCCGAUCGCGGUCUCGCUGCCUCAAUUGAGAGCGAAGAACCCAAAACUCGUGACUUUUCUCUGGAAGACCCCCCUGAUAAUAACGAAAAUGCGAUUGAAUCAAUCGCGCCUCUGGAGAAGCGCUCGGAGCUGCUCUUCUCUCGCGAGCAUCUUCAAUUGAUCCUUGCAGACUCUACAUUGUCUUUGAACUUCACUGACUUCCUGCGCACAUAUCGGCCAGACUCUGUUCCUAUACUCGCUUACUAUCUUGAUGCCGUCAAAGCAUUGAAAACUAUCAGAUAUGCAGAGGCUAUCAUCAGAGGCCUUGAACCGAUCCCUGGUCAUGCCUUUACCUCAGAAGCCAACAGCGCCACAAUGGCUUGGGUCAUGGAGGACAAGGCUGAUCGAGCGUUGGAUGUUCUCGUAAAAGACGAUCUACCAGCAUUCAUCGCAUAUAUUUAUGUUCGGACAGUUGACGUGGCAUUGGUAGACAGGGUCACUGGAAAGGAGGAUCCGGGAUCGCCCGGCAUUGCGGAUGGCCUGGCUGAAGUCUUCGUGCUCUCAGAUCCGUCUCGUCCAGACAAUCCAAUCGUCUUCACUUCCGAAGAAUUCCACAGAAUGACAGGAUAUCCGAGGACUGAAUUCCUUGGGCGCAAUUGCCGCACACUGGGAGGAGCAAGAACAAGCCCGUUUGGGAUUUCUCGCUUUCGUUCCUCCCUUGAUGCUGAGCGGGAACACUGCGAAGUCCUACUGAAUUACCGCAAGGAUGGAUCGCCUUUCAUUAACCUCAUCAUGUGUGUACCCUUGCGUGAUCAAUCUGGCAAGGUCAGGUAUUACCUUGGCGCUCAAGUUGAUAUCACUGGUCUUGUCAACGACUGUACGGGGCUUGCAACUUUAAAGAAAAUCGUCGAACGCAACAACGAGCAUCGAAGCCAUGUGACGAAUCGAGACAUCCCGAAAGAGACUCUCCAACGGGACGAAUUCGAGCAACUGAGCGAAGCGUUCAAUUCGCAAGAGCUGGAACAGCUGAUUACGCUAAGACGGCGUCAACAGCUUCAGUCUGAAGAGGGUUUCAUCUAUACAGAGUCGGAGAAAAGGCAGCGAGAUGAUGAUUCAACGUCUAGAACGCCUCUUACAGACCUAGAUGAUAGUUUUCAACUCAAUGGACAGGGAAGUGCUCCACCUCUGGGCUACUAUAAAACCUAUCUUCUGGUUCGACCGUAUCCAUCACUCCGUAUCCUGUUUGCCUCGCCUGAUCUGCGGAUACCUGGAAUCCUCCAGUCACCUCUGCUGAGUCGGAUUGGGGGCAGUAGUCGGGUCCGCGGCGACCUUGCUCAUGCUCUUGAAGUUGGCAGGAAAGUUACCGCCAAGGUACAGUGGGUAUCCAAGACCGCCACGAAAUCUCGAGCUCGAUGGAUUCACUGCACCCCGCUUCUAGGCGUCAACGAUACCAUAGGAGUCUGGAUGGUGAUCCUUGUAGACGAUGAAGAUGACGGGGAGGGAGAGCGCGAACAGUUUCCACAAGAGACGAGUAGUGCCAGCCGGCAAGGGUCAAACCAUACGGCAGAUGCCCUACCGUCGGACGAAAAACGACACAGGGGCAAUCUUAGUGGCGUUUCUACCAGCAUAUGGAGCGACACCUCUGAGUCCAUAAUUUCCGACGAGAUUGGAAGGCCCAGGCCAAGGCGGCCGAUGCUCCGGCAGCCGUCAGAAAUGGGUGUUUCAGCUCAACAGCCUCUCGUGGUUCGGCCGGAGCCAAAGAUUGCUGGACGAGCAUAUUCUGUCACCUCAAGCAGCGAUCGACGCAUUUCUGUUGCCCAGGAAAGCAGAACCUCGAUUGGAGGCGCGGACAGUAGGCCCGCAAGUCAAGGUAGCGCUAUUUCGCCAAUCCAAAACACCAUGCAGCCGAAAGUGAAGAUUGCUGGGCGCCCUAGCUUUGACGGAGACGGUGCACAGAAGGCACCCAUCAACAUGCCCGGACGAUCUGGUGCUGAGAGAGAGACAGGCAUGGGUGGCAGGCCAUCUGGCCGAAGGACUUACAAAUCGUUGUCUCCCUAUGGAAUUUUGUUUGAGGACUGA